AUGCUGCUUCCGUUUCGUUUAUCGCUGGCCCUCAUCAGGAACCAACUCUGGCCCCUUGGAUUUCGAGCUCUCACCUCUAAUGUCAGUCCCAUCCUGGGCUUACCACCACUUAAAGCCCGUGUGCUCCCAUCCUACCUUAAUGAAGAAUUUGCCCUACUCGUCUACAUCCCUUCGCGAUCGACGAUUUUCGCGGAUUUUAAAGUCAUCUCCUCACUUCGGCCCCCGGUCGGCCUGUCGACGAUCACGAUGGACUCCUCUGCUUCCGCCCUCUGCUAGUAGCUUGCUCGGUCAGCAAAGUAGUAUAGUGGUUGCAUCUCCCCGCGAUUUGAUAACUCCCGCAGAAUUAAAUACCCUCUCCUCGCCUGCCACCUAAACUGACCGCGACCGACCACGUUCGGUUCCUCCUGUUCCGCUACCUUGACAAUUGCGUCUGCUGUCAACAUAAAAAUGUCAGACCCGCAUCUGCAACGAACAGCCUCACAUGGUUUUGGAAUUGAACCUUUGGGGGAACCGACUAGAAUCCUCAUAUACUCUUGCCUUCGGGACACUCCUGUCCGACACGCAUAUUUACCUUCCCAUGAGCGAUUGUUUUUUCUCCCAAAAAUUAAUUACAUCGUAUACAUUCUGCCUUUUUCCAAAAAACAAUGGGGUUUUUUCAAUGUCCACGAACAUCUUCAUAUCCAACUUCCUAGCAUAUAAGCUCGAACUGUCCACCGUGCGGUAUCUGCAUACUUGUUCUAAAGUUCUCUCGAUGAUUUAUUUUUACUUGCUCUGACAGUACCUUAGGAGUACUCAAUAAAACAGUUUACUCAUUUAUCUAUUCAAUUUGUCUAUCUAUUGCAUCGUUCUCAGCAACCAACUGACGUAGAGGACGGAAGGCCAGCAGACUUUGGACGACAAGGCUGCCGAGGACGGCCCAGAACAUGACGUACCAUUUCUGUCGUCCGGUGGUUACGCCGGACAAAGAACCGCAAACCCGCAAAUCAGUCUCGCUUAGCAAGCCCGCGAGUGAGCCAUUGGCGUGCCGCCUUGCUACACGCGACCUACAGGGGCAGGAAACGUCCGAGGGUCUGCCCAUGCGGGCACUCAGGGCUAGACCGUUUGGAACACUCAGACCAGACAAGGGCAGACCUCAUAAAUACGAAACUACGGACAGAAGGAUUUAAAAUUGAUGUACACAGGGUGACUGACACAGCAAAGCUGUUCUACUCCAUCCUGUCUGUCUUCUAUUCCGCGCAGAGCUGGCAUCAUAGUAUUGGGGAAUAUAAAACGGUGAUAUCAACUGCGGAACACAAUCCAAACCGCCGCCCUAGAUUCCCUCAGACGCGCACGUCGUCAACACGGGGAUUGGUUUGAUGACGACUUUGCUGACAUCAGCAAUUUACUCGCCGGUAGAACACACUACGCAAAACCUACAUCAUCCGCCGAACCGACACAAGCAAUAUGCUCUCUUCAAGUGUCCUCACUCUGUGCUUUUACGGUUGAAGGGUAUACAGGACGCCUAGAUGAAUGGUAAAGCCGAGGAAACGCAAGGGUUCGCGGAUCGCAAUGAAACAAACAACUUUUGCGUUUCAACCAGAGCGAUUUGCAGCCCCACAGCAGAAGGAAUCGGACCGAUUCUCAGCUCCGAUGGAACAAUACUCCUAACGGAGAAAUCCCCAUUUGCUGGAGUGCUGGGCCAAGAACACCAGAACCGCCAUUAACAGCCCAUCCACGAUUUUAGACGCUCCCAUCGACCGGCUCUCCCAAAUAGGAAUUACAAUGAACUGAACCUUCCGCCUUUCCUCUCAGAAACCAUUAAAGCCCGUCAAAAAAUCUCUAGUGAUAACAUAUCAGGGUGGGACACUAUGCCGGCCGAAGUCUACAAGCACAACAGCCCAGACUGACGGACAAACUUACAACGAUAUUCUAGGGGAUGUGAAAUCAAGAACUUGUCCUUAGAAUUUUAAGGAUGUGAAUAUUGUACAUCAGUAUAAGAGGAAAGGGAGCCGGCAACUUUAUGCUAGUAACAGAGGAAUCUCACUGGUCAACAUCGCUGGAAGGAUCUUCACCCACAUCCUUCUCAAUUGUGUCAACGACUAUCUGGAGCACGGACUUCUCCCCGAAAAUCACUAUGGCUUCCGAGACGUCUGUCAGAUACUGGCAUGAUCGUCGCCCCCCGCCAACUGCAAGAGAAGCGCCAAGAAAUGCGGACAAACCUUUAUACUACCUUUGCAGACCCGGUAACUGCCUUCGGCACGGUGGACUCUGGAAAAUCACCCAGAAACUUGUAUGUCCCAAGUUAUCCACGCAAAUGAUGCCUCAGCUCCAGGAUGGGGUGAUGGCAUGCGCCAUUGACAAUUAUGCUGUCAUAGAAGCAUUUGCAGUCACCAAGGGAGUGAAGCAGGGCAGAGUACUCGCUCCCACCUUCUUCAGGUUCAUGCUUCCUGCAAUGCUAAUGGAUGUCCAUCAUGAUGAGCGCCCGGGGACCCGCAUCGCCUACAUGACCGACGGCCAUCUUCUGGAAGGUUUAACGCGUCUCCCCAUGACUACCCUCCGAGAUCUGCUCCUCCCAGACGGCUGCAUGCUCAACACCACAGCAGAACCGUAUAGGCAACGGCACACGGACCUCUUUGACUCCGGCUACGCCGACUUCUGUCUGACCAUCAAUGUGGUCAGAAGGAUGGUCAUUCGCCAGCAGUCAUCGAACAUUGAAUAUAAUGCACAUCGCAUCACUGUUAACAGCACCCAACUAAAAAUCGUUGAUAAUUUUACCUAUUUAGGCAGUGCAAUUUUGCGUAGCGCCAAAAUCGACGACAAAGUGGCCCGCCGGAUCAUCAGACUCAGCCAGGCCUUUGGUCAACUGCAGGCCUCAGUCUGGAAUUACCACGGCCUCUAUUUCAACUCCACAUUCAUAAUUUACAAAGUUGCCAUCUCAACAACGCUGCCGUACGAAGCGGAAACAUGGACAGUUCACGAGAAACAGGCGAGGAAACUUAAUUACCUCCCUCUCAGCGGUCUCCACAUAGCACUAAAUAUGUAAGUACGUGACAGAAUUGCGGACUCAGAAGUCUUUGAACGUGUAGCAGCCACUCCAGUCCCCCUUUUUUCGGCUCCGUUUUGUCGGUCGAUGGCGGCGACAAGCGUUGACAGGCUGCUGACACACGACCACCCACACCGGCUAGAAUUGGGGCCCCUCCUGUCCAGCUGCAGUGACUCCCGGCUGCCCUCACAAACUAGUAUCAGCUCACGCGCGUCGGACGAUCUGGUUUCAUUCCCGUGAACCCCUGUGAUUAUGCGUUUCCUAAUCCUCCUCUAAUCCGUCCAAUCUCACGACCAGCACUCAGCCAGUCAACCCCACCUACUGACACAGAGUAUUGCACUGCGUUAACUACACACCGCGACUGACGCUCUCCGUGAACGGACGAUUCUCUCUGUUGCAAACAAACAGCCAACUUACGGCAACCUGCCCUGUGUGCAGAAUAAACUAGUCCUCACAGUUCCCCGACUUCUGACAUUAGACGAAAAGAACUUAUUGUGCGUGGUUUAAGUUGAUCUCACAUCCUUGACCGCCACAAAUUGGUGACCCCGAAUUUCCGAACAGUGGAAUUUCUCAAACUUUUCGCCCACAACAACAAUCUUCCGGAGACCUACAGCGCGAUGUCAUAAGACCAGAAGUCACUCAUCAACCCAAAUUCUCAAGCAGCUAACGUACGCUUGAAGCGGCUCGAGGAGGUAUUAAUACGUCUGAAAGCCCAGCUCACUGCAGUUACCGCUAACGGCCCGCGGCGAAUACUAAACCGUCGGCGUACUUCCUCCGUUACCCACACCCGUCGUCCGCAAUCUCCAAGUAGCGUCUGCUGGUAUUACCAACAAUCUGGGGGAGCAGCUCGACGAUGUUUUCAGGCAUGUUCUGUCAAGGCGUCUCUAACGGCCUCAGGCAGACGAACCCACCCGACAGUAGAUGCCACUGCUGCUGGAAGCGUUGCCAAUCUCCACACUCGCCGCUUGUUUCUCUGGGACCGUAUCGCUGGCGCCAAAUUCCUUGUCGACUCUGGUGCCGAAGUUAGCGUGGUUCCACCAACUCCGGCCGAACGCAAAAACCGCAGCUCUUUUUGUCUAACAGCUGCCAACAACUCCAGCAUCCCCACCUUUACAGAGCGCUCCAUUACACUUGAUUUGGGUCUUCAUCAGAUUUGCCGAUGGAUUUUCAUUAUUGCCGACGUUUCCGUCGCCCUCAUAGGUGCCGAUUUCCUACCUCACUUCAAUCUACUAGAUGAUUUGAGGAAUCGCCGACUCGUCGACUGCAUCACCAACCUUCAUGCCCGUUGUCAAUCCGAUGUGAAUCCCUGUGUCAACCCUCCUACUGUUAUGCCCAUCUCUGGCUGUCCUUUCCAAUCACUCCUCAGGCAGUUCCCCCACGUGACUGGAAUUCUCAGAAUCCCUGUCAAAUUCAGCUGCAUGUGA